AUGAGUCGUCAGUUUCCAUAUUCGAGUGCACCACUCAGAUCAGUGAAAGAAGUACAGUUUGGCCUACUUUCUCCUGAGGAGAUUCGUGCUAUUUCGGUAGCUAAGAUAGAAUACCCAGAGACUAUGGAUCAGGCCACUAAGAAGCCCAGAGAAGGUGGUUUGAAUGAUCCCAGAUUAGGUUCUAUUGAUCGUAACUUCAAAUGUCAGACUUGCUCAGAAGACAUGGCGGAAUGCCCUGGACACUUUGGGCACAUUGAAUUAGCUAAACCCGUUUUCCAUAUUGGUUUUAUCGCUAAGAUAAAGAAGGUUUGUGAGUCUGUUUGCAUGCAUUGCGGAAAGUUAUUACUUGAUGAAAAGAACCUAGCCAUGGCACAGGCAAUCAAAAUAAGAGAUCCUAAAAAGAGGUUCAACGCUGUGUGGAACUUGUGUAAAACAAAGAUGGUCUGUGAGGCGGAUAUCGAUGAUCUGGAUAAUGGGCCGAGUAGAGGAGGAUGUGGCCACACGCAGCCUACUGUUCGUAGAGAUGGCCUUAAGUUAUGGGGUACAUGGAAACAAAAUAAAAAUUUUGAUGAGAACGAACAACCUGAACGUCGUCUCUUGACACCAUCGGAAAUUUUAAGUGUUUUCAGACAUAUCAGUUCGGAAGAUUGUUACAGGCUAGGAUUCAAUGAAGACUAUGCUAGACCAGAAUGGAUGUUGAUAACAGUGUUGCCUGUCCCUCCACCCCCGGUCCGUCCAUCUAUUUCCUUUAAUGACACUGCUAGAGGUGAAGAUGAUUUGACAUUUAAAUUAGCGGAUGUUAUUAAGGCAAAUAUUAAUGUUCAAAGAUUAGAAAUGGAUGGUUCGCCUCAGCAUGUUAUCAGUGAAUUUGAAGCUUUAUUACAAUUUCAUGUAGCCACUUAUAUGGACAAUGAUAUCGCAGGUCAACCUCAAGCCCUACAGAAGACUGGGCGUCCUAUUAAAUCCAUUAGAGCAAGAUUGAAGGGUAAAGAAGGAAGAAUAAGGGGUAACUUGAUGGGUAAGAGAGUAGAUUUUUCAGCUCGUACGGUCAUUUCAGGUGAUCCUAAUCUCGACUUGGAUCAAGUCGGUGUUCCUCUUUCUAUUGCAAGAACCUUGACAUAUCCGGAAAUUGUCACGCCUUAUAAUAUUCAUCGUUUAACGGAAUUUGUUCGUAAUGGUCCCAAUGAACAUCCUGGUGCUAAAUAUGUUAUAAGAGAUAGCGGAGAUCGUAUUGACUUGAGGUACAAUAAGAGAGCAGGAGACAUCGCAUUGCAGUAUGGAUGGAAGGUUGAACGUCAUCUUAUGGACAACGAUCCCGUUUUAUUCAAUAGGCAACCGUCAUUGCAUAAGAUGUCAAUGAUGGCCCAUAGAGUGAAAGUGAUGCCUUACUCAACUUUCAGAUUGAAUUUAUCUGUCACGUCGCCAUAUAACGCAGAUUUUGAUGGUGAUGAGAUGAAUUUACACGUCCCUCAGUCACCAGAGACAAGGGCAGAACUUUCAGAAAUAUGUGCUGUUCCUUUGCAGAUUGUUUCGCCUCAAUCAAAUAAACCAGUUAUGGGUAUCGUUCAAGAUACAUUAUGUGGAGUCCGUAAGAUGACUUUACGUGACAUAUUCAUUGAAUAUGAGCAAGUAAUGAAUAUGCUUUAUUGGAUACCGAAUUGGGAUGGUGUUGUUCCUUCGCCUGCUAUUCUUAAACCAAAGCCUCUUUGGACAGGGAAGCAAUUAUUAUCUAUGGCAAUUCCCGAUGGAAUUCAUUUACAAAGAUUUGAUGAAGGUAUGAACUUAUUGAGUCCAAAGGAUAACGGUAUGCUUAUCGUUGAUGGAGAAAUUAUAUUUGGAGUUGUUGAUAAGAAAACAGUCGGUGCCACUGGUGGUGGUUUGAUCCAUACAGUUAUGAGAGAAAAGGGACCUCAGGUUUGUGCCCAGCUAUUCAAUUCUAUCCAAAAGGUUGUCAAUUAUUGGUUAUUACAUAAUGGUUUUUCUAUAGGAAUUGGUGAUACUAUAGCAGAUGGCAGUACGAUGAAAGAUGUGACACACACCAUUCAAGAGGCAAAGAAGAAAGUACAAGAGAUCAUUUUGGAUGCUCAACAGAACAAACUUGAACCAGAGCCCGGUAUGACUUUGAGAGAGUCAUUUGAACAUAAUGUAUCUCGUGUUUUAAAUCAAGCGCGUGAUACUGCGGGUCGCUCUGCCGAGAUGAACUUGAAGGACUUGAAUAAUGUUAAGCAAAUGGUAGUUUCUGGAUCUAAAGGGUCAUUCAUUAAUAUUUCUCAAAUGUCUGCGUGUGUAGGACAACAGAUUGUUGAGGGUAAAAGAAUCCCGUUCGGCUUCUCAGAUAGAUCCUUGCCUCACUUUACAAAGGAUAAUUAUUCUCCUGAAUCCAAGGGUUUCGUUGAGAAUUCUUACUUGAGAGGAUUGACUCCUCAAGAGUUCUUCUUUCAUGCAAUGGCAGGUCGUGAAGGUCUUAUUGAUACUGCAGUUAAAACAGCUGAAACGGGUUAUAUUCAACGUAGAAUUAUUAAAGCAUUAGAAGAUAUUAUGGUACACUAUGAUGGUACUACUAGAAACUCCUUAGGUGACAUUAUUCAGUUUAUUUACGGUGAGGAUGGUAUCGAUGGAACUCAGGUAGAAAAACAAUCAGUAGAUACAAUUCCUGGUUCGGAUGCUACCUUCGUUCGCAGGUAUCGUAUUGAUGUCUUGGACCCUGUCAAUUCUAUCCGUGAAUCACUUUUGGAAUCUGGUAAGGAAAUUAAGGGUGAUGUUAAGUUGCAAAAGGUUUUGGAUAGUGAAUAUGAACAAUUAUUGAAAGACCGUAAAUAUUUGAGAGAUGUCUGUUUUCCUAAUGGUGAUUUCAACUGGCCUUUACCUGUCAAUUUGCGUCGUAUCAUACAGAAUGCUCAACAAAUAUUCCACAGUGGUCGUAGCAAGGCCUCUGAUUUGAGGCUCGAUGAGAUUGUCAACGGAGUUAAAGAUCUUUGUACAAAGCUUUUAGUCAUUCGAGGUGACACUCCAUUAAUGAAAGAAGCUCAAGAAAAUGCUACUUUAUUGUUCCAAUGUUUAUUGCGUUCUAGACUUGCUGCACGUCGUGUUGUGGAAGAGUUCAGGUUAAGUCGUACAUCUUUUGAAUGGGUUUUAGGUGAAAUUGAAACUCAAUUUCAAAAGUCGAUUGUUCACCCAGGUGAAAUGGUGGGUAUCAUUGCUGCGCAAUCGAUUGGUGAACCAGCUACUCAAAUGACUUUGAACACCUUCCAUUAUGCUGGUGUUUCUUCUAAAAAUGUCACGUUAGGUGUGCCUCGUCUUAAAGAAAUUCUUAACGUAGCCAAAAAUAUUAAGACUCCAGCCUUGACUGUUUACUUGACGGGAGAGAUCGCUUCAGAUAUCGAAAAAGCAAAGGUCGUCCAAUCGUCUAUUGAACACACUACCUUGAGAAAUGUCACUUCUUGUACAGAAAUUUAUUACGAUCCUGAUCCAAGGAGUACUGUGAUUGAAGAAGAUUAUGAUACCGUAGAAGCAUACUUCGCCAUCCCGGAUGAAAAAGUCGAGGAAUCAAUAGAGAAACAAUCUCCCUGGUUACUUCGUCUUGAAUUGGAUCGUGCAAAGAUGCUUGAUAAACAGUUGACGAUGUCUCAAGUUGCAGAAAGAAUAUCCCAAAACUUUGGUGAAGAUCUUUUUGUAAUUUGGUCUGAUGAUACUGCAGACAAAUUAAUCAUUCGUUGUCGUGUAGUAAGAGACCCCAAAUCUCUCGAUGAAGAAGCAGAUGCCGAGGAAGAUCAAAUUCUUAAACGUAUCGAGGCUCACAUGUUGGAGUCGAUUUCUUUGCGAGGUAUUCCUGGUAUUACAAGAGUGUUUAUGAUGCAACAUAAGAUAAGUGCCCCAGAUGCGACUGGUGAAUUCAAACAAGGUCAGGAGUGGGUAUUGGAAACAGAUGGUGUCAAUUUGGCAGACGUGAUGGCAGUACCAGGUGUGGAUGCAUCUCGUACUUACUCAAAUAGUUUUAUUGAGAUCUUGUCCGUUCUAGGAAUUGAGGCAACGCGGUCCGCAUUAUUCAAAGAGAUUUUGAAUGUUAUUGCUUUUGAUGGUUCCUAUGUGAAUUAUCGUCACAUGGCUCUUUUGGUUGAUGCCAUGACAUCUCGUGGUCAUUUGAUGGCCAUUACUCGUCAUGGAAUCAAUAGAGCAGAUACAGGUGCAUUAAUGCGUUGUUCUUUCGAAGAGACCGUUGAAAUCUUGUUGGAGGCAGGAGCUGCGGCUGAACUUGAUGAUUGUCACGGUAUAUCAGAGAAUGUUAUCUUAGGGCAAAUGGCACCUUUAGGUACAGGUUCUUUCGAUGUAAUGGUUGACGAUAAAAUGUUACAAGCUGCUCCUUCUAAUAUGAGCAAUGCAAAUGCUGAAGAUGGGGGUGCCACUCCAUACAGAGAUUAUGACAUGGAAGAUGAUAGGAUUCAAUAUGAUGAAGGUGCUGGAUUCUCACCUAUUCACACAGCUCCAGUCGAUAGUUCAGGCUCUCUUACUACUUAUGGUGGACAGCCGACUUCACCCUCUGCAACUUCACCUUUUGCCUAUGGUGCAACCUCGCCGACUUUCGGUGGUGUCACGUCUCCAAGCUAUGGAGGUACCUCACCAACUUAUGCGCCUACGUCACCUACGUACUCGCCAACAUCACCAAGCUACUCACCGACUUCGCCGAGUUAUUCACCGACUUCACCGAGUUAUUCACCGACAUCACCGAGUUAUUCGCCGACAUCACCAUCUUAUUCACCGACAUCACCAAGUUAUUCACCUACCUCGCCAAGUUACUCACCUACUUCACCAAGCUACUCGCCAACCUCACCAAGCUAUUCCCCAACUUCUCCAUCUUAUUCGCCGACUUCGCCAUCUUAUUCGCCGACUUCUCCAAGCUAUUCACCAACUUCGCCAUCUUAUUCACCAACUUCACCGAGCUACUCACCUACUUCGCCAAGUUACUCGCCAACAUCACCAAGUUAUUCGCCAACUUCGCCUAGUUACUCGCCGACAUCACCAAGCUAUUCGCCAACUUCGCCUAGUUAUUCACCGACAUCACCAAGCUAUUCUCCUACAUCACCGAGUUACUCACCAACUUCCCCAAGCUAUUCUCCGACUUCGCCUAGUUACUCGCCAACGUCGCCCCAGUAUUCACCAACUUCACCUCAAUACUCACCCACAUCACCCCAAUACUCUCCAAGUUCUCCAGGUUACUCACCAUCAAAUGGUGGUAAGAAAGAGAAGAAGGACGAAAAGUGA